AUGGAAGCGGGUGCGGCGGCGUGCUUUGUUAGGAAGCUGUCUGCCCUCUUCCUGGAAUGGGGUCUGCUUCCACAGCUGCGCAAGAUGGAAUUGCACACAGUUCUGAGAAUCUUGUGGACCAAUGCGUUCCCGUUCGGCAAUGGUGGGUCAGCGCUUUUCCCUACACUCUGCUAUUGCUCGCAUUCCUGCAGUCCAAACGCCUUCUACCACGGAGAUGGACAUUCGGGACGCAUCGUCAGCCUGGUGCCCAUUCGGCAUGGAUCUCGCAUUGAGAUCUCUUAUGCACCACGACAGUACAUCCUGCUCCAGCGUCAUCUCCGACAAAUCUACCUUUCUUCCACCCGGGGCUUUGGCUGCAAGUGCCACUUCUGCAAGCAGGAGGAACAGGACGAUGCCCGAGGCGAAUUUGAGGCCCGUGGCCUUCGGCCUCUCCGGAUUUGCUGUUGUGUGAUGCCAUGGCUGAACAACUUGCUUCCAAUGAUGCGUUUGGCAUUGGCUCUGGAAGCACGGUCAUCCACUGUCUAUUUCCUCACAACGGCCUUGGGGGCCAAGCUACUGCACGCUGCCAUGGGCAAGAACCAGGUGGGGCUAAGUGUUGUGCAGAUCGAUGCUGGAUCUGACACCUCCAGGCUGCCAGGGGAACCAGGCCUCGAGCCCAUCUUGCAGGCAAACCUGGCAGCUGCACACGUAAUGGAGGUAGAAGUGCAACGUCUGAUUCGACUGGGAGUGACAGAUUUUGUUGUGGAUUGGCUGAGCUUCGGCUUUGUAGACAGCAUACGGGCCUGCGGUGGACGAUAUUGUGUCUCAAUGCCUAGCUCAACACUUCAGGCAGAGUUUUGCGCUGCGGGUGAGUUAUCUGGUGAUUACCAGAGCACCAAGAACGUCAUUAGGAACAUGAUGCGCGACACAACGACUUUGGUUCAUGGCCUGCCGAGAAUGUUCCAAAGCCGUUCCGGGAUUCAUGGUCAGAUCGCCUACGUGGGUAUCUUUCCCAGUAAUCUGAAAGCUAUACCGCAAGACGUGGAGGCGUUUCUGACUUCUCCAGGUCCGCCCAUUCUUUACGUGUUUCUUGGAUCUCUGACUUGGCUCAGCGGAAAGGAGUUGGAGGUGUUGUGCGAAGCGCUUGCUGCACCCGGCAUUUUCCGGGUGAUCUGGUCCUUGCCCGAAGGUGGACAAGAGAAUCUGCCAACAUCAAUCGUUGCAAGUCAAGACUUCUUCCUGUCGCAGUGGCCGCCACAGCCUUCGGUUCUGGCACACACUGCGUGCAGUGCCGUGUUGAUACAUGGAGACUGGGGUUCCCUCACCGAUGCCAUCCAGGCUGGCAAACCUGUGGCCGUUCUCCCCAUGCCCGGUGACCAACCGAUAAAUGCUCAGAUUGUACAGUCGAUGAAGAUCGGAGUCGUCAUUUCGCAGGAUGGGUGUACCUUGGGCAACAUGGACCCGAAGCACAUUCAAGACUCUAUACAGUCCCUACUGCAGGACCCAGGAAUCUCUGAAACGGCUCGGACCUGGCAGCAAGAAGCCGCAGCUUUCGGAGGUGCGGCUUACGCAGCCGAGGUGGUAGAAAAGCACUUUGAACAGGAUGGGACAUCUGAAGAAAGCCGGCGUGAACUUGAGGCUUCCGUGAUCGCCUUCGCCGAAGACACAUGCCCGCUUAGCUUCGACGACCCGGAUUCCGAUGAGCUCUUGCCAAGAGGCUCUCAAUUGGAGGUUCUGCUUGUGCAAAGCGCGCUUCUUCUGGGCUUCGCUGAUGCGCUCACUUGGUGGUUAUUGAGGCUCCGUGUAUACAGGGACUUUCAGCGUUUCGUCUGUUUUGGAAGCGUGGUGCUCCAAAAUCUCGAAUCCAAGGAUGUGUGUGAGUUAGUUGCCUUGGCUGGGGCUGUUCACAAGAACCUCUUGCAAAAAGCUGUCCCCCUGGGACUUGCCUCCCCCAUGCUGGACGGGGAGCCGCAUCGCCCGCCGGAUUUUGCAGCGGUGUGGCUGGCAUCCCGCAGCCUGCUGCAGCACCACGUCGCCGCCAGUUCCUGCGAAGGUAUGGAAUAUGAGGUGAAUUCGGACAACGUGGCCAAGGAGGGCCUGGUCCAACUGUCCCUCCUUGGAGGGCAAGUUGCCGCAGAAGCAGUGGAGUUCCUGUUCUCCAAGCAGCCGAAGCCAGCCACCAAAGACACACUGGAUGCCAUCCUGGAGGCCGCGACCAGGGCCGUGCGACCGAAGUGGUGGCACCAUGAUCCUGACAACGUUGCUGGGCUUGGUGACGGUUCCUGGACUGCUCAGACUGGUCAAGGCUACUCGCGGCUCACGGCUACUCCGGGAGGUGAUGCAAGCGGUGGAAAAAGUCCCCACACCCCUGCACAGGCCGUCCUCCAGUCAUACACUGCAGCACACGAGCACAGCAAGCUAAGCAACCCAUUGUGA